AUGAUCCUGGCGCUGAACCCGGGCGGAAACCCGUUCUAUUUCGGUCCCGUUGGAGAGAAUGGAUCGGCCGUGACUGAAUAUUUCGCCGAGCGAGGAACACACUGUCCACCAAACAAGAACGUGGCCGAGUUCACCCUCGAAACCGCGGCGAAAGGUGGGACAGAGGAGCGGACGGCAGACGAGUCGAUUGGAGCAAAGAAUGGCAUGAGUCGACGGAAAACGCUCAAAUGCUCCAGGAAAUCGAGCGUCACAAGAAAGAACGAUCCCCAAAGUCAGCCCCACCCACCAACCAUUGUCAAUGGGGUGGUGCCGAAAUUCUACAUGGAUCGAGCACUCUGGGAAGCGCGUGAAUAUCCGUCCCGAAUUUACGGCUGGAUCGCCUUCUGCACGGCGCAGGUGGUCGCCGAGAUCCCCAUGGCCAUCGUGGCUUCGACGGUGUAUUGGUUGUUCUGGUAUUACCCGACCAACCUUCCUCGCGACAGCAGUAACGCAGGGGACAUGUUCCUGAUGACCAUGCUGUUCUAUCUGUUCAUAUCGGGCUGGGGUCAAUGGAUCUGCGCUACAUACUGGUUCGGUGGCACGCUUGCGGCCACUUUGCGCGACCUGACCGUGCAAUGCGCUCCCGGGGAGAGCACGCUCUUCAAUGCUCCACCCGGUGAGACCUGCCAGUCAUACGCCAGAGACUUUGUUCAGGCAACGGGCAUGGGAUAUGUCUCAACCACGUCGAACGGAACCUGUGCACACUGCCCGUAUGCCACGGGGGCGGAAUAUCUGUCGACCUUGAAUAUCGAGCCGGAUGAGAAAUGGGGGGACUGUGGCGUUUUCUGGGUGUAUGUGUUCACUAAUUGGCUGCUGGCGUAUUUCUUCAUCUACACCGUGAGGGUCAGAAAAUGGUCGUUUGGGAUGGGAUAUUUCUUUGGUGGCCUGGGCACCGUGGUGGAUUUCCUUGCGAGGCUUCUGGGGAUAGGAAAGAGCUGA